AUGAACGUUUGCUGGCUUAUAAGCGAAGAGCGACUUCACAAACCAAUCAAGCUGCUUCACUGGCAUGCAGUUGUCCUGGGUCGAGGACCUGAAACCAAAAUUAAAGACAAAAAAUGUUCCCGUCGCCAAGUUGAACUGAAAGCAGACUACAACAAAGGUUAUGCCAAAGUCAAACAGCUGGGCUUUAAUCCAACAUCAAUGGAUUCAACAGUUAUUGGAAAGGGGAAUGAGGUGAAGAUGAAGCCUGGACAGCUGUUGCACAUUGUCAAUGAGCUUUACCCCUAUACUAUACAGUUCAAAGAAGAAAGUAGUGGUGAGCAGCGUGGAGUCAAACGACCACGCGAGCCUAUUCCUGUGGCCAAUGAAACUUCUGGACAUGCUUCCAGCCAAGCUACUACUAAGAACAAUGAAAAGGAAAAGUCUACUCAGUCAGAGAGUCAUCCUAACCAAGCCUCAAAGAACGUUGGAGGGAUUGGGCUUUGGAACCAAGGUCUGAAAGUAUCAAUGCAAGACCCCAAAAUGCAGCUUUACAAAGAUGAGAAAGUGGUAGUUAUUAAAGACAAAUACCCCAAGGCUCGCUACCACUGGCUAGUACUUCCAUGGCAGUCUAUUCCCAAUCUGAAGGCACUACGAAAAGAGCAUUGUGACCUAGUGAGGCACAUGCACAAAGUUGGAGAGCAGAUGGUUUGCCAAUGCCCAGACUCUGACUCCUUGCGUUUUCGCCUUGGCUACCAUGCCAUCCCCAGUAUGAGCCAUGUUCACCUUCAUGUGAUAAGCCAGGACUUUGACUCCCCAUGCUUAAAGAACAAGAAACACUGGAAUUCAUUUACCACAGAUUAUUUUAUUGAAUCAAAGGAUGUUCUUCAAAUGCUCGAAUCAGAAGGAAGAGUUGGUGUUGAAGAAGGCACAAGUGAAUUGCUGAAAAUACCUCUUCGCUGUCACAUGUGUGCCAAAGAGCUUGCAACUAUACCUGCGCUUAAGGAACAUCUCAAAAUACACUUCUAA